AUGGCGGUGAAUGUCCACUCCACCUCUAUGACUAUAGAGAACCUGAGUCGCCAUGACAUGUUGGCGUGGGUCAAUGACGCUUUACAGCUCACCUACACCAAGAUUGAGCAACUUGGUUCAGGUGCAGCGUACUGUCAAUUCAUGGACAUGCUUUUUCCAGGCUGCAUUUUGUUGAAAAAAGUCAAAUUUAAUGCCAAACUGGAACAUGAAUAUAUUCACAAUUUCAAGGUAUUACAGGCUUCAUUCAAGAAGAUGUCUGUAGAUAAGGUUAUUCCUGUCGAAAGACUGGUCAAGGGCAAGUUUCAGGACAACUUUGAGUUCCUUCAGUGGUUUAAGAAGUUUUUUGAUGCCAACUACGAUGGCAAAGAAUACGACCCUCUACUUUUACGGCAGGGCCUGGAGGGAACGCCGCCACCGCCAAAUUCAGGUGACCCCAUUGUCCACAAACCCAAAAGACCUGCUUGCCCAGGCCCUAUCAGAACAUCUCCUACAGCGAAGAUUGUCCCCACCCAGCAGAGGCAGAUCAAUGCACCGCCAGCUCGCAGGAACCCUGCCACGGCCCGCAACGGAGGAGACUCUGAGCUCACAGAGCUGAACCAGCAGUUACUUGAAAUGAAGCUGACUUUGGACGGACUCGAGAAGGAGAGGGACUUUUACUUUGGCAAGCUGAGAGACAUUGAACUGAUCUGCCAAGAUGGAGAUGGCGAAAGCAACCCAGUUCUAAACAAAAUCAUAGAAAUACUUUAUGCUACAGAGGAGGGAUUUGCACCUCCAGAGGAUGACGAUGUUGAAGAAGGCGCACAGGGAGACCAGGAUGAGUUCUGA